UUUUAAAUCAACCGACUUCUCUGUAGUGCUGUAUUUGGACUCUAAGCGCCGCUGUUCAACACAUAUAAUAUUUCGAAAGCGUGUUUUAUCCCUCCUUUUAAUAAAACCCAGUGGCAUAACUUAGAUAUCAACCUAGAGCAUUGGGCGAUGCGUAACUGAUCACCAAAUCGCCUUUCAGAUUCGACUACAGGUUCUGUAAUCUAGAGGGAAAGACAAUUUGUUGGAAACAUACAGAAUACAAUUCAUUGUGCCUUUUGCUUUAAAUGCAUCCUCUUCAUCUUUGUUGAUCAAAAAUGGAGUCGGGAGGAAAAGGCUGGAGAUAUGGCUCACUAUUCUAUGCGUUAUGCGCAAUGGCUUUAUUUUCUCCUCGCGUGAGCGGGCAGAUCCGUUAUUCGAUACCCGAGGAAAUGCAGGUGGGCUCAUUUGUUGGAAAUAUUGCCUUGGACCUAGGGAUUGAGCCGAAGAGAUUGGUUUCAGGAAAAGCGCGUGUUUUCACCGCGGACAGCAGGGAGUACAUUGGCCUGGACAAGGAAAACGGACAUCUGGUUAUCAAGAAUAAAAUAAACAGAGAAGAGCUUUGUGGAGAGAUUUCUGCCUGCAGUGUAAGUUUUGAUGUGAUUUUGGAGAAUCCGAUGGAGCUUUAUCGAGUAACAGUUGACAUACAAGACAUCAAUGACAACAGCCCCGUCUUUCCAAAAGCUAAAAUUGAACAAGAAAUAAGCGAAUUAGCGGUUGUAGGUGCGCGAUUUCCAUUAGAGAGCGCGGUAGAUCCAGACGUGGGAGUGAACGCGCUACAAAAAUACACUCUUCAACCCACCGACCAUUUUAAGCUUAAUGUUCAGAGUGGUGAUGAUGGGAGUAAAAAUAUCGAGAUGGUUCUUAAUUCACCACUCGAUAGAGAAAAGAAAAAGCAUCAUAGUUUGAUUCUUACAGCAUUCGAUGGUGGAAGACCUCAAAGAUCUGCGACUGUGCAUAUUAACAUUAUUGUCCUUGAUGGAAAUGACAACGCACCUGUGUUUAGUCAGUCAUCUUACAAAACAUCAGUUAUUGAAAACGUUGCUAAAGGCACACUCGUUACUAAAGUCAGUGCUACCGAUGCUGACGAGUCUAGUCACGGCAUUCAGUAUUAUUUUGAGCACGCGACACCCACAGUAAAAGCUUUGUUCUCCAUCGAUGCGGAUUCUGGAGAGGUUAUAGUCAUAGGCGGAAUAGAUUAUGAAAAACACAAGCAGUUUAAAAUUAAAGUUAAAGCCAAAGAUCAUGGCGAUCUCACAGACUUAAGUGAGAUAAUUAUUGACGUCAUUGAUGUGAACGACAACAAGCCCAAAAUCACUAUAAUGUCUUUUUCCAGCGCAGUAUCUGAAGACGCUGCACCAGGAACUGUUAUAGCCAUGAUUAAUGUUCAAGAUCUCGAUUCAGGUGACAACAGCAAGAUUACAUGUUCUAUUGAUCUGAACUCUCCAUUUAAAAUCAUUUCUUCAUUAACUAAUUAUUACAACCUGGUGACAGACUCAGAACUAGACAGGGAACAGACAGCAGAGUAUAAUAUCACUAUAACUGCAGUAGAUGGAGGAAACCCACCUCUUUCUAUUAAAGAGAUUUUAAACUUAAAGAUAUCAGAUGUGAAUGAUCACGCACCUCAGUUUGUGCAGGAAUCAUAUAAUGCCUUUAUAGCUGAAAAUAACCCACCAUCUACGACUAUUCUGACUGUCAAAGCAGAAGACAUGGACUGGGGGCCGAAUGCAAAGGUCUCAUACUUUCUUAUCGAUGCAGAUUUAAACGGAGCACCUCUUGCAUCUUAUAUUUCUAUAAAUUCAGAGAGUGGAGUAGUUUAUGCAGAAAAAUCUUUUGAUUAUGAACAACUCAAAUCAUUCAAAAUGCAAGUCAAAGCUCAAGAUGGAGGCUCGCCUCCUUUAUCCAGUAAUGUGACUCUAAACAUCAUCAUUCAAGACCAGAAUGACAACGCUCCUCAGGUUCUGUAUCCAGUACAGACUGGCGCUUCAGUGGUGGCUGAGAUUGUGCCUCGUGCUGCAGAUGUUGGAUAUCUGGUCACUAAAGUUGUGGCUGUUGAUGUGGACUCUGGUCAGAAUGCCUGGCUCUCCUAUAAACUACAGAAAGCUGCAGACAGAGCGCUGUUUGAAGUGGGUUUACAGAAUGGAGAAAUAAGAACUGUGCGACAAGUGACUGAUAAAGAUGCUGUCAAACAAAAACUCACUGUUGUUGUGGAGGAUAACGGACAGCCCUCUCGCUCAGCUGUGGUCUCCAUUAAUGUGGCUGUGGCUGACAGCUUUCCUGAAGUGCUGUCAGAGUUCACAGACUUUACGCAUGAGAAAAAAUAUAACGACAGCUUAACUUUUUAUUUAGUUCUGGCUCUUGCAGUGGUUUCCCUGCUCUUCAUAGUCUCCAUUAUUUCCAUCAUUUCAGUCAAAAUCUACAGAUGGAGGCAGAAUAAGUUGUUUUAUAAAUCAGGAGCAAAUCUACCUGUAAUUCCAUAUUAUCCUCCGGUCUACGCAGACGGAACAUUACAGCACGUUUAUAAUUAUGAAAUGUGUGGGACCACAGACUCAAGGAUGAGUGACGUAAAGUUUGUCAGGCCCUACAGUCAGAACACACUGGUCAGCCAGAGUCGUUUGGGGACAGUUCAGAGAGAAAAGAAGGAGCAGGAGGUUGAUGAGCUGAUUUUAGAGGUGAGAGUCUUCCACAUACUGUAUGUCCUCACAGCAGCAGCAGGUGUUUAAAGCUUAAAGUACUGUACUUCUCAUAGAGAAUUUGUAAGACAUUAAGCUUUAUCUGUAUGUGUUAGCAGAUGUUGUAUGUCUUGUUUUGAGAAAAUGGACUACAUGUUUAGUGUCUUAAGUGCAAAGUUAGAGCAUAGAAAACUCAAUUGCCCCCACACACACCUACAGUACACACACACACACACACACACACACACACACACACACACACACACACACACACACACACACACACAAUCAUGUCUGUGUUGUAAAUUCUAAAUAUAUUCCAUUGGUGUAAUUAUUUUUAUAUUAUACAAAUUGUAUUUGCUAUCACCUUACAUACAACACUACUUAUAUGAAAACUGCAUUUUUACCUUUUCAAAAAACAUCAUUAUAUAUGAUUUAAAAGCUUUUUUGGGAAAAAUGUGGACAUGGGGCAAUGUCCUUAUAAGUCAUAUUCUUCUUGCAACACUUAUGCAAUACCCAAGCUAUUACACAUAUUUGUUCCCUUAUAGGUCAUGAAAACACACACACACACACACACACACACACACACACACACACACACACACACACACAGUAUAAGAAGAAGAGCAAGAGUGUUUGUUUGUCUGCUUCAAAACUUUUUAUGGGCUUUUUCAAUAUUUUACUCCUUUAUAAAACCAUGAUUUGAUGUUUGUCUAUAGCAAUGGUUGCAAAAUGAAUUAUUUUUCAUCCUUAUUUUUGUAAUUGACUUAGAACUUUGUACACUGAGUGAUCUUUUUUCAAGAGAAAACCCAUUAUAUUACACUCAUGUGUUAUUUUAUCCAUUUAUCUACCUUACACUGACUCAUGCUUUAUGUUGGAUUUAAUUGUUUUUCUCUACCUUGUACUUAGAUUACUUCAGUCUAUCUCAUUCAAAACUUAAUUUAUGGCAGACUAAGUAUAUAUCAAGGCUUUGUGAUCCAGCUAAUAUUCUUCUGCCAUUUCUACA